AUGAAAUCUUAUUCUUUUUUUAAAUUUUUUAAAAAAUAUAUAUUAUAUCAUCGACAAUGGUUUUAUUUUAUAUUAAUUUCUUUUCGUAUAAUAAAUUCUCUUUUAAUAAAAACAACAUUUAAUCCUGAUGAAUAUUGGCAAUCACUUGAAGUUGCUUAUCAAAUCGUUUUUGGAUAUGGAUUUCUCACAUGGGAAUGGGAUCAUUGUAUUGCUUUAAGGAGUAUAAUAUAUCCACUUUUAUUUGCUCUUAUAUAUAAAAUAUUUAAUAUUAUUAAUAUAUCAAAUACUAUAUUUAUUAUUUAUAUACCUAGAUUAUUCCAAGCAUUUUUUGCAUCUUUAACAGAUAUCGGGACUGCCAAAUUUACAUUUUUAUUAACAUCUAAAUUAAAAAUAAAAAUAUUUGAAAUACCCCCAACAAUUUAUAAUAUGGAUUUAAUAGCUCUUUCUUUAAAUAUAUUUAAUUGGUUUAAUUUCUUUUGCUUAUGUCGUACUUAUUCUCAAACAUUAGAAUGUUGUUUAAAUAUUUGGUCAAUGUAUUUCUUAUUAUUAUCUAUUUUACCAGAAAAAAAUUUAAAUAUCAAUAAAAAUGAGUUCUUUGCUUUGAUUUUAUCUUCAAUAAGUGUUUUAAUUAGACAUUCAUCAGUUAUAUUUUGGUUUCUAAUAUUCUCUUUUUAUUCUAUUCAUAUAAUUUUAAGGUAUUCUUAUUAUAGAUUUUAUUAUUUUUUAUUAAAAUCUUUUAUUAUUGUAUUAAUUUCAAUCAUUAUUAUGAUUUCUACAGAUUGGUGGUUUUAUGGUAAAUUUGUCUUACCAAUGAUCAAUUUCUUUAAUUUCAAUCUUUUAGGUAAUCCAGGGGCUUUUUUUGGUCAUAAUUCUUGGUAUUAUUAUUUUUUGGAAUGCCCUAUAUCUUUAUUACUUUCAUAUAUUCCUUUUUUUAUAUUAGGAUUAUAUUGUAUUUUAUUUAAUCAAAAUAAAAAGUUAAAAUUUAUUCCGGAAUUUCAAGUAAUUCUUCUAUCAAUUCUUUUGGUUAUUAUAUUAUUAUCCUUUUCCUCUCAUAAAGAAUAUAGAUUUAUAUUACCAUAUUUUCCAUUCUUAAUUGUAACAACUACUAUUGGUAUUUAUUACUGUAUAAAUCAUUAUUUUUCAAAAAAAUAUAAUUAUUCAUAUAUAAGAAUUAUUAUAUUAAUUAUUAUCAUUUUUCAAUUAAUACCUGCUAUUUAUUUUUCAUUAUUACAUCAAAGAGGAGGUGAAAGUGUUAUUAAAGUUAUUUUAAGCUUACCAAAUAUAUAUAAUAGUUCAAUUUUUUUUAUUUCACAAUGCCAUAUGUAUCCAUUUUAUUCAUAUAUUUAUAAACCAAUACCAAUGGGAUUUUUUGAUUGUUCUCCUCCUAUUAAUAAUGUUCAAAAUUGGAAUUCUCAUCUCUGGUAUUCAAAUAAUAUAACUAAUUUUUUAGAUUCAGUUUUUAUUUCAAGUCAUUUCAAUCAAUUCAACUAUUCUAAUUGUAUUUCACCUUAUAUUAUUCCUAAAUUAUCAAAGAAAAAUAUAUAUACUGGUUGGUUCCAUAAUGAAAUUAUAACUAUUGAAAAUGUAAAUGAUUCAUGCCUUAAUUAUAGAUUUUUGAAAAAAAUAUGUGGUCCAUUUCCAACAUACUUUAUUGUACAUAGUAGUUUUAUUAAUGAUAUUAAAAAUUGGUUAAAUUUAAAUAAUUAUAUACAAUUAGGACAACCAAUAUUUGAUUCCAUUAUCACUGAGACACCAAAAGGCUAUAUUACAUAUUCUUAUUAUUAUAUAUAUAAAAAAAAAUAA